CUAGCAAAAGCUUCCCACUGAAAAACAGCAUCCGAAAAAUGGCGCCAAAGGCUAAGACCAAAUCUCCACCGUCCGAUCCUAACGGCAUGUUCUCUGGAAUGGCCGUCUUCUUCAUCGAAACCGCUGUUCAAGCCCGUCGACUCCAGAUUUGGAAGCAUAAACUGGUGCAAAUGGGGGCUAAAAUUGAGGAUAAUCUUUCCAAAAGGGUAACCCACGUUUUUGCGGCGGAUUCAAAUUCGCUGCUUCAGAAAAUGGAGGGGGGUAGCUUGAAUCGAUUCAAAGGAAAAAUUCUAAGCUAUCAAUGGCUAGAGGAUAGCUUGAGAUUAGGAGAAAAAGUGUCGGAAGAUUCGUACGUUUUGUCAGCUGACACCGAGAGAAAGAGAAGAAGCAAAGAUAUCGAGGAGAACAAUCUGAAACAUACGAAUGCUAAUCAUUUGAGUACCGAAGAUCCAUCCACAACUAAGAAGACUAAAACCUGCAUUGAGGACUCCAAAACUGUAGAAUCGGAAGAAAGAGAAAAAAUCUCAAUCAAUACUGCCAGCUGCUCAUCUCGCUCUUUAAGCCCAGAAGUGACGAGUCCGAAUUUGGAUGGUCAAGAUAGAGCUGUCUCCUCGUCUGAUACAUCGUUGCUUUAUAGCCCUCCCGAUCUUAACAGGAAUAUUACUGAGAUAUUUGGAAAGCUUAUCGACAUUUACAGAGCCCUUGGUGAUGAACGGCGGUCAUUUAGCUAUUAUAAGGCUAUCCCAGUUAUUGAAAAAUUGCCUUUUAGAAUCGAAAGUGCUGACCAGGUCAAACAUCUACCUGGAAUCGGAAAGUCGUUGCAGGAUCAUAUUCAGGAAAUAGUAAACACUGGAAAGCUAUCUAAGUUGGAGCACUUCGAGAAUGAUGAAAAGGUACGCACAAUCAGUUUAUUCGGAGAAGUAUGGGGCAUUGGUCCUGCCACUGCACUUAAACUUUACGAGAAAGGACACAGAAAUCUGGAUGAUUUGCAAAACGAAGACUCAUUAACAAAUUCCCAGAGGAUAGGCCUGAAAUACUUUGAUGACAUCAAGACGAGAAUUCCACGCCAUGAGGUUCAAGAAAUGGAAAGUCUUCUACAGAAAAUCGGGCAAGAGAUUUUGCCUGAGGUAGAAAUUAUUUGUGGAGGAUCAUACAGACGCGGAAAGUCUUCGUGUGGGGAUAUGGACAUUGUAAUUACUCACCCUGAUGGAAAAAGCCAUAUAGGGUUUCUCCCGAAGUUUGUGAAGCGUCUUAAGGAAAUAAACUUCUUGAGAGAGGAUCUGGUCUUUAGUGUUCACAGUGAGGAGGGUACUGACUCUGGAGUGGAUACGUAUUUUGGUCUUUGUACCUAUCGUGAUCGAGAGUUACGACAUCGUAUAGAUUUGAAGGUUUAUCCAAGGGAUAUUUAUGCAUUCGGAUUAAUAGCAUGGACGGGAAAUGAUGUACUGAACAGGAGGUUGAGAUUAUUAGCAGAAUCGAAAGGAUUCAGACUUGACGACACGGGACUGUUUCCAGCCACUCUUAGCUCAGGUGGCAAACGGGGAGGAAGCAAAGGCAGUGCGACUUUGAAGUUCGGAAGUGAAAAGGAGGUGUUUGAUUUCCUGGGAUUUCCAUGGCUGGACCCUAAUCAGAGGAAUUUGUGAAGUAGAAUGAAUACAAGAUGAACAAAAUAGCAAUGGUUGUUUGGGGAGCAUGCCAGAUGUAAAUAUCUUGUAAAAAAAAUAUUUAUGUAAAUUAACUUUUGCUUUUCAA